CUUGAGCUUUCGAAGCGUUAACAAAUCGCAAACAAUAAACAUAACGCUGGAAACGAAUAAAUUUGUUGGAAAAUAGCGUGCAACCGAAUAAGUGAAAAGAUGUCACAAAAAUUAGAUGUGAUAAUAUUUGGUGCUACCGGUUUUACGGGUCAAAUCGUGGUUGAGAAGGCUCUCGAAGUAUUAGAAGGUCUGACGUGGGGUAUUGCGGGACGAAAUAAGAGCAAACUGGAAAACGUGUUGAGCACCGCCGGUAAAGCAAUUGGCAAAGAUCUCAGCGCUGUGCCGGUUAUAUUGGCAGAUGUGGAAGACCCCUACUCGAUUGAACAAAUGGCGAAGAAGUGUAAGAUCGUUAUCAAUUGCUGCGGCCCCUAUCGUUUCUACGGCGAGGCUGUUGUAAAAGCUUGCAUCGAAGCCGGCACUCAUCAUGUGGAUAUCAGUGGGGAGCCACAAUAUAUUGAUGGAAUGCAAGUGAAAUAUCAUCAACUGGCACAGGAGAAACGUACUUAUAUAAUUUCAAAUUGUGGAUUCGAUAGUAUACCUGCCGAAAUGGGCGUGAUACAUGCGGAAAAGAAUUUUCCAGGUACUGUAAAUUCGUGUGAAAUGUUCUGGCAGAACAUACUCGACCCUCGCGAUCGAAAUUCAAAAGCGGUAUUGCACGCUGGCACUUGGGAGAGUGCAAUACAUGCGAUGGCUAAUUUUGGAGAAUUACAAAGAUUACAUCGAGCCCUGGAGACGGAGAAGUUGCCAGAUUUGCGACCAAAGCUAAAGUAUUGUCCCUUCGUGCGAAAAAUUAAUAUCCUCGAUAGUUAUUUCUUCGCCAUACAUUCCGGUGAUCGUGACGUGGUAAUGAAUACACAACGCUUACGUUAUAUAAAUGAACGAAAACGCCCAAUACAGUUCGAAAAUUAUAUAGGUUUUGGAUCCUUAUGGACAACCAUUUUAACACAAUUGAUCCUACUAUUUACGGUUGUAAUGGCACAAAUACCUGGUGUACGGAAUAUCUUAAUUAAAAAUCCGAAAUUAUUCACCAGAGGCUAUAUGUCACAUGAGGGACCGGUCGCCGUCAACCGAGCGGCACAAAAAUUUCAAAUGACAUUUCGCACCAAAGGUUGGACGGAAGGGCAACAGUUGAGCGAGGAACCAAAGCAGGAGCUUCUAACGCGCAUCUCGGCUCUCGAUCCGUUUUAUGGCAUGACGGCUUUAUCCAUUUUGGUGGCUGCAAAAAUUGUACUCAAAGAGCCGGAGAAAAUGCCAAACAAUGGCGGCGUCAUCUCACCCGGUUACGCCUUUGCGAAAACAAGCCUCAUCGAAGAAUUGGCUCGCUUGAAGAAUGGCUUGAAGUUUGAAGUAUUGAAUUUAGAACAACAUUAACUUAUAUACCAAUUUCUACAUACAUACGUACAUGUAUAUCCGAAGGGUGGAAGAUUUUUAUAUUUGUAAAUAUAUUUAAAUUAAAGUCGUAUUUGCACAAUUAAAAAAAGUA